AUGAGGCUCUCCUUAUUUGCUGUUGUGCUGCUGGGUACAGUUCUGGCUAUCAAUGCUUUCUCGAUUCGUGAAUUGGCCGAUGAAAUAGAGACGUAUUUGACUGAAAGAGAGGGCGAAGGAAAGGGACAAGGAGGUGGACAAGGAGGCGGACAAGGAGGUGGACAAGGAGGUCAAAGUGGUUCAAAAAAGAGAGAGAAUGAUGAAAUGAGCGGACAAGGAGGUGGGCAAGGAGGCGGACAAGGAGGUGGACAAGGGGGCGGACAAGGAGGUGGACAAGGAGGCGGACAAGGAGGUGGACAAGGGGGCGGACAAGGAGGUGGACAAGGAGGUGGACAAGGAGGUGGACAAGGAGGCGGACAAGGAGGUGGACAAGGAGGCGGACAAGGGGGCGGACAAGGAGGUCAAAGUGGUUCACAAAAGAGAGAGAAUGAUGAAAUGAGCGGACAAGGAGGUGGACAAGGAGGCGGACAAGGAGGAGGACAAGGAGGUGGACAAGGAGGUGGACAAGGAGGUCAAAGUGGUUCACAAAAGAGAGAGAAUGAUGAAAUGAGCGGACAAGGAGGUGGACAAGGAGGUGGACAAGGGGGCGGACAAGGAGGUGGACAAGGAGGUGGACAAGGGGGCGGACAAGGAGGUGGGCAAGGAGGUGGACAAGGAGGCGGACAAGGGGGCGGACAAGGAGGUGGACAAGGGGGCGGACAAGGAGGUGGGCAAGGAGGUCAAAGUGGUUCACAAAAGAGAGAGAAUGAUGAAAUGAGUGGACAAGGAGGAGGCCAAGGAGGUGGACAAGGAGGUGGACAAGGGGGUGGACAAGGAGGUGGACAAGGGGGCGGACAAGGAGGGAGACGAUAA